AUGACGACCUUGGAUGACAAGUUGCUGGGGGAGAAGCUGCAGUACUAUUACAGCAGCAGGGAGGAUGAGGACAGCGACCAGGAGGACAAGGAUGGAGGUAGGGGUGCCCUGGCUGGCAGUUCAGUGCCUGCAGAUGCUGAGUUGGCAGGCGAAGGCAUCUCAAUUAACACAGGUCCAAAAGGUGUGAUCAAUGUCUGGCGCUGCUUCAAGGAGCUGGAGACGGAACAAAGGGAGGAGCAGUGCCGGGAGAUGGAACGGCUGAUCAAGAAGCUGUCCAUGACCUGCAGGUCCCACCUGGACGAAAAGGAGGAGCAACAGAAACAGAAGGACCUCCAGGAGAAGAUCAGUGGAAAGAUGACUCUGAAGGAGUUUGCCAUGGUAAACGAGAACCAAGAUGAUGAAGCGUUUCUGCAGCAGUACCGGAAGCAGAGAAUGGAGGAGAUGCGGCAGCAGCUCCACAAGGAACCCCAAUUCAAGCAGGUGUUUGAGAUCCCUAGUGGAGAAGGGUUCUUAGACAUGACAGACAAAGAACAGAAGAGCAUCCUCAUCAUGGUCCAUAUCUACGAGGACAGCAUUCCGGGGACCGAAGCCAUGAACGGCUGCAUGAUCUGCCUUGCUGCCGAGUACCCAGCUGUCAAGGUCUGCCGGGUGAAGAGCUCCGUGAUUGGGGCCAGCAGCUGGUACAGGAACGCCCUGCCUGCCCUGCUCAUCUACCAGGGGGGUGAAUUGAUUGGCAAUUUUGUCCGGGUCACUGACCAACUGGGGGAAGAAUUCUUUGCUGUGGACCUUGAAGCCUUCCUGCAGGAAUUUGGAUUGCUCCCUGAAAAGGAAGUCUUGGUGCUCACAUCUGUGUGUAGCUCUGCCACCUGUCACAGCGAAGACAGCGAUUUGGAAAUUGAGCCACGAGUCCACCAGCAUCGAUUUCCCACUGAGGCAGCCUCUGCUGGUGGAGUUGAUGUCUGGCUCAAGUGUGACUAG